UGGCUGUUGCAGAGCGCUUUGUUUGUAAAAGGUUUGGCAGUGUGGACAGCUAAGCUGGGUAUUUAACAUUUCUGGGUUUGGGUGAGUGUGGACCAGAAGCUAAACUAGAGCUCCAUUCUACAUCAUGAUACCAUCCUUGUUUUCUAACAUUUUAUAACCAUUACACAAUGCCAGAAAUACCUUCCGAUUAUCCUGGUGAGGCCAGUUUCAUGGCACAGUACAUGCCUAGUUUUGCACGUUCUGGUGUGAUCUUGAAUUCAGCUUUUCCAGCCUUGGACAAAGAAAGAGACUUCCAAAUACUGAAACCUUACAGCACCCCCAUGGGUUUCCACAUCCCCAGUCAAACUGAAAGCCAUUCUGGGCAUUUCAGUGAAGAUUCUUUUGAAGAGGAAGAAGCCGAAAAAGGAUUAUUGGGUGUAAACCCUACAACUGAUACAAUGAGAAAUUUAUCUUUGAGCACCAAGGGAGAAAUGCCAAUGUAUGAUCACCCUGCUUCUCACCCAGAAGAUAAUGUAAAGGGUCCAGUACCAGUAAAUGAUGAUGAUCCCAAAGAUGUCUUAAACAAUCCUUUAUUAAGAAAACUUGAACAGCUUAAGGAAUUGCAGCUACAAAAACAAGAACAAUUAAAGCAACAACAAAUGGAGCAGCUACAAAAGCUGAUGGAGGAGCAGAAGAUGUUGCUGAGCUUGGUGUCCAGGCAGCAGGGUUACUGUGAACCUGAGCAAGAGAAUCAGCCCUAUGAUUCUGCACCUCAAAGAAGCAGUGCACACAUUCAGCCUCCCAUCAGUCACCAAAUAUCCACAAAUUACCUUUACGAUCAGCAGGAUCUGAAUAAUGAUGGUAUGACUUCCUAUUUCAAGGAGGGAUGUAAUACUGCGUCUACUGGGGAACACUACUGUGAUGUAUCUCAGGAAAAUGACUUUCAGUCUGAAGAGGAAAAUGGGGAUUUUACCGUUGUAGGUAUAAAUGAAGAUUCUUCACCCACUUUACAUGAUCAUCAGAGAUAUUUUGUGCAGCACUCGGAUGACAACAGUGUGGAAGCUAUUUAUACAGAAGAAAGACCAAUCGUAUCGGAACUCAAGGAACGGAAGAAGUCCUUUGAAGAAUUUGUGGAGGAGCAGAUGAGAUUAGAAGAACAACGGCUCAGACAAAAUACUCCGCAGGCACCCACAAAGACUGAAGUAAAACCUUUGACAAAAAAGCCAUUUUUGAAACGAGGAGAAGGUCUUGCUAGGUUUAGGAGUGUAAAUCCUAAAUCUAAAGAAGACGUUCCUUCUUUGCAGCCUAAGGUUUCAGAUGCCAAUGUUAACAUGGUAGAAAAACUACAAAGUCGGAGGAAAACCGUAAGCCAAGAACAAUUUUUUGAAAACCGUUCUGAAAUGCUUAAAAGGCCAAUUCAGACCUGCAAGGAUAAAAGUGAACAACCUCGUAAAAAUGCUGUACUGAAAACCCACAACAACAAAAAUACAUCUGUAACACAAGGACAGCAAGAGAGUAUAUCUAACAGGACUGGUAAAAAUGUCAUAAGACAGGAAAAGAUAAAUGUUUUAAAAGCCAACAAAGAAAAUGUACUUCAGAGGAUAUCCACAAAAACCAAUGCAGACAGUCUUACAAAUGUCAGAAAUGAAGAAUUUCCUCUUGAAGUGUCCUUUCAAAAACGAAAGAAAAUCUGGGAGAAAGAAAAACAAAAGGAAAACUUUGAAUUGGAUGAGUUUUUACUCCUUGAACAAGCUGCUGAGGAUAUCUCCUUUUCUAGCAACUCUUCUUUUGUACAGAAACUGUUGGAUCAAAACUAUCAGAUUGACCAUGGCAGGUUGUCUUCUACUCCUGUUAAGCAGCAGCAAAUUAAAAAUGUUGAACACAAUGAUAUCAUUGUUAGAAAACUGGAUCCAGUCCAAGGGAAGAAAGGUGUGCUUGGUGUUUCGAAAAAAAAUCAGAGUAUUUCACAUGUUCCUCAAGAACAGAAGAAAGAAGACAUGAUUGAGUCUAUCAACCAAGAAGAGAAAUCUUCUAAAUUCGUAGAACAGUCUUCAAGUGAAUUUAAAAGGAGUUUAGAUGAAUAUGAGAGAACUAGAGAAGAUGACUCUGGAAUUGUUACAAGUAGCAGGGAAGAGAACCCUCACUGUGAUGAAUUGAAAGGUCCAUCUAAAAAUGUGAAAAAGGACAACAAAAGUAGAGACUUCGAUCUAGAUUUGUCAGAUAGAGAAAAUAGUGAUGGUGAGGAGUCAACGUUGCUGGAAAAAAAAAGUAAUUGUAGCUCCGAGGCUGAUGACUCCAGUCUUUUGUCCUCAAAUGCUAGUCAUAUAGAAUUUGAUGAUGAAAAAACUUGGACUGACCUUGACCUGGAGAACCAGCAAGAAUUCUGUGAAAAUAGCUUUACUAAUAAGGAGUUUAUUCCCUCUGCAUAUACCACUAAAAGUCCAGUGAUUGCCACAGAGAAAACUAUAAAGAGGAAAGUGGCUUCAAAGAAGGCGGAUGAACUAUUAAAAACAAAUGUUACAACUGCUAAUCAGAGUCCUCCUCCAACUUCGGAUUUGGUAAUUAAGCUAUUUCCGUCUUUAAAGCCCAAACAGAAACCAGAGUCCCAGUUUAUAAACAAGCCGGCUUUUUUGGAAGAAGAUUCUGGAGAUCCUGUCCGUUCUCAGCUUUUAAAGGAAAAGUUAAAUGAACUGGAAAAUGAAAUUGAAAGAUUUAAAAUGGAAAAUGCAUCUUUAGCAAGACUUCGGGAAGACAAGGAGAAGACUUUGGAGUCUCUCAGGAAAGAGGUUGCAGAGUUUGAGCUGCAAAAAACAAAGGAGUUGGCUCGGAUUGAGGAAAUGAAAAAAGAAGAAAUUAAAAAGCUGCAGAAAGAACGUAAGGUAUUUGAGAAGUAUGCCAGUGCAGCCAGAGCUAUCCCAGACAAAAAGGAACGAGAAGAAAUACAGACUUUGAAACAACAGGUCAAAGAUUUGCAAGAAGAGCUAAAAAGUAAAGAGGUAAAAUGGUCAAACAUAAAGAUCCGACUUCGAAACCAGAUUGAAACCUUAUUAAAGGAGAAUGGCGAGCUCAGAGAGGAAAUUAAGUUCAUGGAAAAGGUCCGUGUGGAAACCUGGAAAAAAUCAGAAGCAACAGAAAGCAAAAAGAAGCCUGCUGAAACUAAUGUAAAUCAUCAGAGAUAUUUGGAUUCCACUAUUCCAUCAAACUUUACGGAGAAAAGCAAAACCUCUCCUCCUGUUUCUCAACCAGAAAAGAGCAUAAAGAUAAUGAAGAGCCACUCACCAGGAAAGUCAAUGAAGCCUUCCAAAUCCUCUCUUGUCUGUAAUAUGUCAAAUCCAGAGCCCACCAAGUCUUCGGAUAAUGUAUUGGUAACAGAGCAGAAAAGUCAAACCCCUGUACUUAAGGGGAGUGAAGAUGAUGUUCAGGGAGAAAUCUGCUAUUCUGAUGGGAAGAUAGAGCGGAUUCUAAGAAAUGGCAGUCAUGUAAUUUUAUUCCCAAAUGGGACGCGUAAGGAAGUGAGUGCUGAUGGAAAAUCAACAACUGUAACAUUCUUCAAUGGAGAUGUGAAGCAAGUGAUGGCUGAUCAGAGAGUGAUUUACUACUACGCUGAUGCCGAAACUACACAUACAACGUACCCAGAUGGACUUGAAAUACUGCAAUUUUCCAAUGGACAAAUUGAAAAGCAUUUUCCAGAUGGAAAGAAAGAGAUCACAUUCCCCGAUCAAACUAUAAAAAAUCUUAACACUGAUGGAACAGAGGAGAGUAUAUUUCCAGAUGGCACCAUCAUAACUAUAAAACCGGAUGGAAGCAAAAUUAUUGCCUUUGACAAUGGGCAACGAGAACUGCAUACUCCACAGUUCAAAAGAAGAGAAUAUCCUGAUGGAACAAUCAAAACUGUAUAUAACAAUGGUCAACAAGAAACUAAAUAUGCUUCUGGCAGAGUAAGGAUUAAAGAUAAUGAUGGCAAUGUUCUUAUGGACACAAAAGUUUAACUUGUUCCUACUGCUGGGAAUAGAACUACACAUCACCUCAAAAUAAUGUACUUUUUUAUUUAUCUAUCUGUGCCUAGGUUUGUAUUUUAAAUGAUUUAUUUAAGUGUAUAUACAAUGUACAUA